GAAGCGGCGACAGACAGACGCUUGAGAAGGAAAUAAGCUUUUUUAAAGCACACGAACGUCCUGCACGUUUCACCGAGAUGGGGCGUACCACAGAAACCAAAGCGCAGGUUUGCAAAACGUAGCAAAGAAAAGCUACACGCUGAUGUCCGUCCCUGGAACAAUUUAACCUUCUCUUUCCAAGGCGCACCAAACGCCCGCGCUGAAGGCGAGCGGAAGAAGUUGGGGGCAAUAAAGUGGGGUGGUGACAGGGACCCUACUCUUUUCCCUGCCUUCUUCCUCGUCCUGGAGGCUGCGGCGAGGGAAGAGGGGCGGUAAACCCUGUACCUCCCCCGCCCGGUGCUUUCGGCGGGGAAGGCUGCUUGAUGCUGCUGUUGCAGUUUUUCUGGUCCGAGGCAGAAGCUGCCUGCCGCCCACGACCCCUCCCACGCGCGGCAGCAGCUCAGAGCCGCUGCCGCUGCCGUUCCAUUGUAAAUCCGGCGGCGUGGGAGGCGAUUCCGUGCCAAAGGCUCAGCGCCGAGGCGCGCAGAGGGAAAGGAGGAGGAGGGGGGGGCGGACAGAGAAGCUCCGGCGGAGGGACGCAGAGGACCGUCGAAGCCGGACAGGGUUGCCGUACUGGGAGCUCCGCGCCUUCUGUUUCUGCCUCUCCGCGGAGAGCCAGAAGGGGCGGCCGCCGGCGAGGCUUCGGAGGCCUCGGGUCCAUGCUUGACGGGCCCGCUGACCGGGCUUCGAAGAAAUCCAGUGGCGCGCGUGUCUUCUUUCUUCUGCCUGGACCGUGGAGAACAGAGAGGGACACUGCCCUCCUUCCAUUACAGCCACCGCUUCUGCCUUCAUGGUCUCACUCUGUCACCCCUGCAGGCAACUGGCAAUGGCACUAUUGCUGCCACGCACCCUGGGCGAACUCCAGCUCUACCGUGUCCUCCAGAGAGCCAACCUCCUCUCCUACUACGAGACCUUCAUCCAGCAGGGCGGCGAUGAUGUGCAGCAACUGUGCGAGGCAGGUGAGGAAGAGUUCCUGGAGAUCAUGGCUCUGGUUGGCAUGGCGACCAAGCCCCUCCAUGUCCGGCGCCUCCAGAAGGCCCUGCGGGAGUGGGCAACCAAUCCCGGUCUCUUUAACCAGCCGGUGCCCUCCAUACCUGUAAGCAGCAUACCGCUCUUCAAGAUCUCCGAGACCGGAGGCCGCAAAUCACUCACCAAUGGGCACACCAGUCCAGGAGAGAUCCCUGGCAAAACCAGUGCCACGUCCCCUGCCAAGAGCCCCUCCGAGUCACGAGAGAAGCUGUCCCCCUUGCCAGCCAUGCACUGGGGCAACCCCGAGUCUGAAGAAGAAGGGGGGGUGACCUCACCCAGCGAGCCCCCUUCAUCCUCUGAGCAUCUCGAUCCAGAGCUGGCCCAUGCAGUGUCUGAGGGGGUGGAUCGUCUGCUGCGCAGCUGCCCUCGCAGUGGAGAUAUGGAGUUGAAGACCCUCCUGAAGCUGAAUAAGAAGCUGGCCAAAACAGUGGGGCAUAUCUUCCAGAUGGACAACGGGGACCCUCGGAAAGAAGAAGAAAUCCGGCGUCACAGUGCCAUCUACGGACGGGGUGAAACUCGGCGAUGUGAGGGCAAGCAGCUCACCCUUCAUGAGCUCACAAUUAAUGAGGCUGCUGCCCAGUUCUGUCUGCGGGACAAUUCAUUGCUAUUGCGUCGUGUGGAAUUGUUCUCGCUGUCACGACAGGUGGCUCGGGAGAGCAGCUACCUAUCUUCGCUUAAAGGUUCUAGACUGCGUCCAGAUGAAAACUGUAGUGGACAAGCUAAGCGCCUCAAGCAGGAGCAGGUUGCAGAGCACAGCCGCCCUGAGCUUCCCUUGGUCUGUGAACCCUUCCUUCCUCCCUACCGAUCCAGCACAGAGGAAGACACGGCCAGCUUGUCUGGGGAAAGCUUAGACGGACAUUCGCAAGCUACCGGAUCCUGUCCCCGGCUUACGCCACCCCCCAACACAGCUUCUGAUGCACUGCUGAGCCUCCCACCCCAAGGGCUAUGGAGCCGUCACAUUCUGCAGCAGACUCUGAUGGAUGAAGGGCUGAGAUUGGCCCGGCUGGUAUCACACGAGCGAGUGGGACGGCUCAGCCCAUGUUUGCCAGGAAAACCCCAGAUGCCUGAGUUUGGGGAAACACUUUCUGAGAGAUGCCAGCCUCCAGCAGCCCAGCCUGAGGCUAGAAGAAACAGCAUUAAGGUGGAACCAGACACCAGCCGGCAAUGAGCAGCAGGGGCACCCUUGCUCAGCCACUAAGCAAUAAUACUCCAGCCAGCUCUGAGCAUUAGACAGACCUCUGCCAGGAAGAGGGAGGCUGUCCUCUCCAUCACCCCCAGGACGCCUGUGGGGCUUUCUUGCAGAAGGCGAGCUGUCAUAUUAGCACAACCAACUCCUUUAUCCUGUUCUCUUCUUGAAAUGGAGAGCAUGCUUGGUUCACAAACAGAAGAGCAUGGACCUACAAAUAGUGAAUCUUAUAGGAAGCCUGCCAUCUUAAUUUAACUCAGCAAGAAGGAGUGCCCUGGCUACAGUUGAUAGCAUGAGCUCAGGUAGACCAAAUCUCUGGCCCUCUGAUGGGACUAAUGGAAGGUCAAUCUUACCCACAGCCUUUCCUCCCAUGUGAGACUUGAAACUGAGGGGUAUACAGCCAUAAAAAAGCACAUAAAUAUCCUGUACAUAUUUUAUUGAAAGGCAUUUAAUUGAUUGGCCAUAAACAUACAUCUUGUUCCCAAAUCGUCCCCGUACCCCCAUUACUUUCAACCACACUCACACACGCAUACACCCAAAACACGUUUGUCGCUGCCCUUCUGUCUUUGUCACAGGUGCUCUCUGUAUGUGCAGAACCUGAAUCCCCAGGACUGUUUGUAGCACACACCCCCUGCAAACCCUUUUGCAAAUUGCCAUAGAAAUGAUAAUUCUUGAUGUGACAGAAGGGGAAAAUGUAUCAAAGACAUAGAAGGUUACCAUGCUAACUGUAUAACAAAAAAAUUUGAUUUAAUUCAAAUUGCUCUUCAGUGUAAUUCAAAAUAUGUAAAUUGAACUAAAUUUAGUUUUUGUUCCUCCCCCCCCCUUACUGGAAUGUGGCCCCAGUAGUCACUCUAAGCCCAAGGACGGUCCUCAGCCCAAAAGAAUUGGGGCAUCUUUGCUCUGGUGCCACACAUUCUGCCCAUCCCCAAACUUCUCUUUUCCUGGUUUUUAACUUGUAUACACUGCUGAAAGUAUCCUCAUUACCUCUCUUGCCUGUUGACUUUAUAUCGUGGUUAAUCAUCCGAAGCGCUAAUUGCUGCUCAGCCCAGUUUGGAAUGCUUGGAAGUACUUUGUUUCCUAGAUGGCUCUAGAGAGGCUAGAAAUUUACCGCAUUAAAAGUAAUGAUUGAGCUGCUGCCAUUUGGAUACGGGCACACACUAGUGACGACUGCUUUCACAUCCAGCUGCAUCCCAGCUUUCACAUCCAGCAGCAGCUUUAAUUUUUGUAACAUAUUGAAAGCAUAGAUGCAGGAAGGUGAAUUGAUUUCAGAAUCCUUUUGCCUGGCAUUUCUUUUCUACCACAACAGUAUGAAUUUAUAAAGGACCCAAGAAAGGAGGACUUGCUGAGAGCCAGGUUGGAACCUCAUUCUCUCUCAGUGCUCCCUACUCCUUUCCUAAGGCUUCCCACUCAUAUUCUUGGAGCUUAUACUUUUCUUCCCUACCACUGUAAGCAGGAAGAGGAAUGAACAGCAAAGAUGGCAUCGUAGAUGGUUGAUCAAGCAGCAGCUCUGCUUCUCUGUGUGCAGAAAAGAAGAUCCUGUAUGGAUCUUCCAUUUUGAAGCAGUUGCAUGCAGACAAGAAAAAUCAGCUAAUGAAAAACUGUACAGAUUGAAAAGCCCAGGCUGAGUAUUUUAGAAAUGUAAAUUUGUAAGUCUACUGGGACCACCAACGGUUUGGUGUAUAGUAACUGCUGUGUUUGCUGAGAUUUUUGAAUGGGAAUCAGCAGAGAUAUUUUUGGAAUUAUCAUCUCUUGAGCGGAACAAGUUGGAUACGGUGCCCUUAAUAAAUACACAUGCAACAGGGUUAAAUUGUAAUUCAAUUUGCUGCUCUAAGGGAACAUUAACUUUACAACUAUUCUGUUAUUUGUUGGGAAGAGAAGAGCAUUUCCUAACUCAAGGCUUUCUCAACAGCAUAGUCCUCUUCCUACCAAAGUGAAUGGGGGAUAGGGGAGAUGCUGAAAUUGAGAAAAGGAAGGGAAUUGUACCUUUGUCUGGCUCUGGGACAGGAGAGGAAGCAGUUUCCCCUACAGGGAUUGUACUUUCCCUGAGAAAAAUAGAUUCCUUCAUUCUCCUUUACUCAUCAUAAUUAUGGCAUAACCACAGUAUGAGAUAGAUGGAACAAUAUUAACUCAAUAUUGUUGUCAAAGCACUCUGAAGGCAACAUUUGCUGGAAUAAACACUUGCAAAACACACAUUGUCCAGGUAAACAUUGAACUCCUGUUAAGGUAACAUUAAUACUCAACUGCUAUUAGGUCAAGUCCCCACCUCCUACCCUACAGCCUUUGUGUCUUUAUAGGAAAACUAGCAUCCGUUCCUUUGUAAUGUGUACAGUAGAUUAUUUAUUUUGUUAUUUUGGAAUAAAGUCUUAUUUUAUGGGUUA